AUGGACGAAGCCGAGCAGCUCUACACACCCCAGUCAAACCCACACCCGACGGAGAUGGCGCAGACUCAAGACAGCCCGAUAGCCGGUGUUGUGAUGGGACCACCAGCUACGCCAGCCACGCCGAAGACUGCUGCGAAGAAGCGCAAGACCCUAGCCGCCGCCGCCUCCGACGAUAGCUACGAAGCCGACGUCGCCACCCCAGCUAAGAAGGCCAAAGGCACCCCCAAGCCGCGCCAGCGCAAGGCCCCGACCAAAGCCCCGAACAAGUCCAAAGCCCUCGCCACCAGCUACGACCUCUGCGAAGAGCACGACAAAAUGCUCAUCGACAUGCGCGACAGCGGGGCCUCCUGGACCGACAUCCGCAAGGCCUGGGAGGAGAAGGUCGGGGACGCCACCGCUUACUCUACCCUGCCGAACCGCUAUUCGCGUCUCAAGUCCAACUUCGUCGUCAUCCGCGAGUCGGACAACCCCAAGCUCAUUGAAGCCAAGCAGGAGGUCGAAGCGGAGUUUGAGCGCGAGAAGUGGGGCCAGAUUGCCGAGAGGAUGGUGAGCAAGGGCGCGGAGCGGUAUAAGGGGGAUGCGUUGAAUAGGCAGUAUAAGAAGUUGAUGGUGUUUGCGCAGGAGAUGUUUAAGGCGAAGGAGGGGGUGGAGGGGGAGGCUGGUGGUGAGGGGGAGGGGGAGGGGAUGGAUGAGGGGGCUUGA